CAAAGAGAUGGCCAAGGAAUUGAAACUCCUCCUUCUUCUUCUUCUCAUAACGCUGUUUCUAAUGGGUCUCUGUUCAACAUUAUUCCUUCAGUUCUUACCUUCUCGUCGCUUAACUAUCUCACUCUCCGAUGAACCCUUCCAAGCCAGUAUCAUAAAACGCCUCUUUAACCCAUACGGUUGGGCAGCAUACAACUUCAUCACCAUGGGAGCAUACAGGGGAGGCCUCAACACCUUUGCCAUUAUUGGUCUUGCCUCCAAGCCCCUCCAUGUCUAUUCCAAUCCCACCUAUGAAUGCAUUUGGUUCUCUUCUUCUUCCUCCUCUCAAAAACCAAUCUCCACAGUUGGAUACAAGAUCCUUCCAGACUUCGGUUUCGGCAGGGUCUACACUGCUGUGGUCGUCAACUGUACUUUCUCACAGCCCGUAAAUGGCAAUAACACGGGUGGGAAGCUAGUGCUCCGUGCCUCAACUAAUGGCGGUGGUGACACUAAUUUCAAUGUUGCCGAUACAAUAGAUGUUCUCAAUGAAUCUCCCAAUGCGGUCAACUUUUCCAUUUUUACUUUGCCACCAAAAUAUGAUUAUUAUUACUGUGGUUCUCCCGUCUACGGAAACCUCAACCCUCAGCGUAUCCGCGAAUGGAUUGCUUACCAUGUGAAAUUCUUUGGUCCAAAGUCGCAUUUUGUGAUCUAUGAUGCUGGCGGCGUUCACAAGCAGGUUCUUGAGGUGCUGAAGCCAUGGAUGGAGCUUGGGUACAUAACUUUGCAUGACAUAAAGGACCAAGAAAGAUUUGAUGGUUACUACCAUAAUCAGUUCAUUGUGGUGAAUGAUUGUUUGCAUAGAUAUAAAUUCAUGGCAAAGUGGAUGUUCUUCUUUGAUGUUGACGAAUAUAUAUACGUUCGCCCAAACAAUACUCUUAAGUCUGUUUUGGAUUCCCAAUCUGAAUUCUCUCAAUUCACCUUUCUCCAAAUGCCUAUGAGUUCAAAUAUUUGCCUCUCUUAUGAUUAUGGCAAAACUUACAGAAAAUGGGGUUUUGAGAAGCUGGUGUACAAGAACUCAAAGAAAGGAAUUAGAUGGGACAGAAAAUAUGCAGCGCAACCUCGUAACUUGCAUGCAUCUGGGGUUCACUGGUCGAUGGAUUUGGAAGGGCAAACGAAACACGAAACCAAAGGGAUAAUCAUGUACUACCAUUACCAUGGAACCAUAGCAGAGAACAUAGAAUCAUGCAAGAUCUAUGCAAAUUCAACACAAUUCAUAUAUGAAAAAACCCCCUAUGUUUUGGACACUACCAUGAGGGACAUUGCUGGGGAUAUCAAGAAAUUUGAGCUCCAGAUGAUUGGACCCAGGCUACAGAACAUUCAACAAUGA